AUGUCGUUCGGUCUAAUGAAUGCACCAACAGUGUUCAUAGAUUUGAUGAAUAUGACAGAGGCCGAGCAUGAGGAGUAUUUGCGGAAAGUUUUAGAGACGUUGAAGGCCAAUAAGUUGUAUGCUAAGUUUUCUAAAUGUGAAUUUUGGUUGAGGCAAGUGUCCUUUCUAGGGCAUGUAGUAUCGAAGGAAGGUGUCUAUGUGGAUCCUGCAAAGGUUGAGGGAGUUACGAGUUGGGCUCGUCCAACCACAGUCAGUGAGGUAUGCAGUUUUUUGGGGUUAGUAGGCUACUAUAGACGAUUUGUAAAGGACUUCUCUCGCAUAGCCGCCCCAUUUACUCAGUUGAUCCGGAAGGGAGCAACAUUUUUUUGGAAUGAGGCUUGUGAAAACAGUUUCCAGGACCUCAAGCAGAGGUUGGAUUCAGCCUCAGUUCUUAUAGUACCGGAUGGAUCAGAUGGUUUUGUCAUUUACAAUGAUGCGUCCAAGAAGGGGUUGGGAUGCGUAUUGGUGCAGCAGGGCAAAGUAGUUGCUUACGCUUCACAUCAGCUAAAGAAGCAUGAACAAAAUUAUCCCAUGCACGACUUAGAGUUAGCAUCAGUGGUUUUUGCUCUCAAGAUCUUGAGGGAAUUAGAUAGGGCAAAGAUUGCAGUGGCUGUGGGAAAGGUCACGACACAGUUAGCACAGUUAUCGGUGCGAUCGAGCCUAAGGCAGAAGAUUAUUGAUGCGCAGUGA